AUGUUUUCCAAGAUCUCGCAGAUCGGCAAGAAUCUGACCGACGAGAUUUCGCGGAUCAAUGACGAGGUGAAUAGCAACCGAAAACAGGGCUCGAGCUCGCCCAAUGCGGGAAUUGAUCCGUCCACCGCAAGCAAGAUCUUAUCCGCGCAGACUCCCGAGCCGGACAGCAUGACACAGCCCAGGGAAAUGAGCACUCCCGAGCCACCUAGCGAGGCCAAUACUAUCAGCAUUACUGUUCCGGGCACGGACAUCAAGUACAUGGAUCUGCCACCGGAAAUACGAAGCCGAAUGCGCAAGUUUGUGAAGUACGAUGAGAAGUAUCCCAUUCUGUUUGAGGCCUACAAAGCUGAGAAGCGCAAGACUGUUGUGAUACAGGCUUUUGAGGCGAUGCUACGAGAAUUGACUCCCUGUUCCAGUAUUGGCGAGAUUGAUGCGGUGCGCGACUACAUCGGAGGCUUGAAAUCAAAGACCGCUUUUCUGGAGUCUGAGCUGCGGCAGGCUGUGGCCAAGGAAGCAGAGGGCAAGAAAAAUCUGGAGGAGCUUGAGCGGUUGCGCAGCGAGUCCAGAACCCCAGACAAUGGGGAGCUGGAAGCUUUGAAGAGACAGGUGGAAGAGCUGAGGAAGCAGUUAGCUGAUGCGCAGGCCAACGAGAGACAGCUGAGGGAGACGUUUGACCAGGAAAAAGCCAAUUUUGAGAAGCUUUUGAGCGAAAAGGAGUCUUUGAUAGAAGCCAAGGAGAAGAGUUUGAGCGGUGUUCAGUCUGAGCAGGAGAGGUUGGAGUCGCAGGUUGGAGAGCUGCAAAAAUCGCUCGAGUCGAGCAAUAGGCUCACACAGUUGUUCAAAGAAAAAGUUGCAGCCCUAAACGAGGAGCUGAAGUCACAGCAAGAGAACGAGCGUGCUAACGCCAACGCGAAGCCCAACGAAGGUUCCAAGAAAGGUAAAAAGAAAAAGAAGGCACAGGCAGUUAAAAGCCCGAACAGUGAUGCCGAGCUUAUUGAGCUUCGUCACCAGGUUGAGGUCUUGGAGGCGAAAGCCGGCGAGGCCCAGCGUUAUGAGAAGGAGGCUGCUGAUCUGGCUAAACAGGUCCAGUCCCAAAAAGACGAGAUCGAGAACCAGCGCGACAUGCUGCGGGACGUCGGUGACUCUCUGGUGACGGCCAAGGACGAGCUCAAAAAAUCGCAAGAACAAUACCGGGAGAAGACAGAGGAGCUGGAGAGGGUGCAGGCGGAGCUCGAGUCCGUGAAGGCGGAAUUGGAGGUGCUGCGCAUCCAGAAUUCCGAUGCAGUGAAGGACUACGAGAGGGCAAAGUCGUCGUUGGAAAAGAAGCUGGCUUCGUUGGAAGAAACUCAGACGAGGGGCGGCGGUGACGAGACGAGCUCCAAGGACGCCGUUAUCGAGAGCCUUAAGAAGCAGAUUGAAGACCUCAAACUUGGAUUCGAGAAGAACUUCAAGGAUGUUGGAGAGGAAAAUGGACAGUUACAAAAACAGAUCAACAGUCUGAAUAAGGAGAAAGCUGCGUUGGAGAAACAGAUCAGCGAAUAUGCUGGGCUGAAGGAGCGGGAAGUGCAGCUAAAGCUGGACUUGUCUAGUGCUCAGUCGUCGCUAACGCGCAAGGAUCGACUUCUGGACGAAAAAGAAAGUCGUCUUAAAUACCUGGAAGAAGAGAAAAAUAAGUUGAAUGACAGCGUGAUAGAGCUCAAGGUGCAAGUGAGCGAGCUGAAGACGAGGAUGAAUUCUGACAUGGAAGCGAAGAACGCCGCUUUAGCGAAGAAUGAAACGCUGCGCAAAGAUUAUAACGAGCUUAUGCUCCGUCUAAACAAAGUGAGCACUGAGAACAACAGGCUGGUGAAAAAUUACGAAGAGAUCAAGGACCGUUACGAGGAUCUGCAGAGCUCGAAGAUGAGCUCCUCUGACGAGGUCAAGACAAUCAAGCGGCGGUGCGAGGAGCUGUCCAUGCGCAACAGAGAGUACGAGAGCCGGAUGGAGGUGCUGCAGGAGGAGCUGUCAGAGGCUCGUUCCAUGUUGCAGGAGCGCACGCGCGAGGCUGGAACCAUCCGGAAAUUGCUUAUUGACACCGAGGACUCGCAGAACACUAAAUUCAAGGAGCUGAACGCCAGACUGGAAAAGCUGGCCGAGGAGAAGGAUGCGCUGGAGCGCGAGUCGACCUUGACUUUGAAGAAGAAGCAGCGCGAGCUCGAAGAUCUCAAAAGCAGUCUCGAGAGCCUGCGGGACGAGCUGGACGUUCUUCGUCGCGACAAGGCCUCGGUGGAGGCCAAACUCUUGGAGCAAGAGAGUGCUCUUCGUGAUGUGGAGAACAGCGAGAAACAGCACGAGGAAAACACAUCUGAGCGCGAUUACAAGCUGUUGGAGUCGCUCCGCGAGACUCUGCAACAGAGCGAGGCCCAGAUCCGGGACCUCGAGGCGAUGAACAGCAAGCUACGCAAGGCCAACGAGGAGACGUCGCAGAAGCUGAUGCGCCUGAACAAAAAAUACAAGCUGCUCUCGCAACAGUACCGAACGACCAGAGACAGAAGAGAGUCUGUGGCGAGUGUUGAGUCGGAUAAGUCGUCCACGGUUAUGAGCCGUUCGAUGAGCGUUGGCGACCUUGCGUCUGAGAGCCAGUCGGACACGAAGGAGAAGAUGGAGUACGUCAAGAACGUGAUCUUGGGAUUUCUGGAGCAUAAGGAGCAGCGGGGGAUUCUUCUUCCGGUGAUCAAGACUCUGCUCUAUCUAAACGACACCGACGAAAAACGGCUCCUGAGCUCCCUUCCCUGA